CAAGAUUCUAAGUAAUGUAAAAUAUUUGCGCAAAAGUAAUUUUAUCUAUAUGACAUAAUUUGUUUGAUUGUGAUCAAUAAGUCUGUACGAGCCAAAUAUACAUUGAAUAAUUGUACAAUAUUUUAAUGUUUUUGACGGUUUGACGUUGUUCAUAAUUUAAUAUAAUUUGCGUCAAUUAAUUGUACCGUGUGUACCACAAAAACAUGGCGAACGUCGACACAAAUGUUGAGAAAUCUAUCUCAGAAAUUUUGGGUUUUCUAUGUGUUAAUAGCAAGUAUGGCAACACAUAUACUGCAAAUAAUGUACAUGAGAUACUGAAGCUACUUUCUGAUUCUUUGAAACAUCAAUCACAGAGGGAGAAUAUGUCCAAUGCCGUAAUUCAUGCUUUAGGGGGCCUGCUCCAAUUUCUUGGUGUUGAACUACAAACUUACUCAGAUGGGGCAACAAAAGAUGUCGCUGUGAUACAAGGAAUUGCCGAGUGCUUUAGAUGUCUUAGAAAUUCUUGUGUUCAGUGUGAUAUAAAUCAGAAUGAAAUAGGAAAAGGCAAAAUAUUAGCAGAUACAAUACAGCUUGUUACUGGUCUGAUGAACCAAAUACAUAAAGAUGAAGAUAUUUUGAUUUGUGUCAGAUGUGCAAUGCAGUUUAUGGGCAACCUUGUAACCAAUAACAACCAGUGUAAACAAUUAGUUUGGAAGCUGUUAGAUCUGAACCUUCACAGAUCUUUAUUACAAUCGGGAGACACAAAGUUAUGCAGUUACAGUUGUAUGGUGUUGCAUAAUGUGUUAGACGACACCAGAUGUAAUGAGUUGAUACUGGACAAAAAUGGACAACUAGUCCUUAAAGCUGUCAUAAAUAUUGUCCAGGACACAGAAUCCGAAUGGGGAUUAUUCAUCAUUGAACGUUGUCUGCAGUGUCAGGAUUUCCUGGAGAAGAUUUAUUGUGAGCUAGAUAUUCCUUGUAGAUCAUUAAUGCUGGAUGUCAUAGAGUCAAGCAUGAAAAAUGAUGAAUGUAAAAAGGAAGAGGUUCCAUCGAUAUCACCUGGCAAUGUUACAUUCCUCUCAACUGAAUUUAUCAUUUGUGUUAAAUAUAUUGAGGGAAUGACAGCUGACAAUUCAGAGGUCAGCCAGCUGGUGUUGCACAUACUGGAGAUACUAUGUUUAUGUAGUAGCUCUCGCCAUUUCUCCCAUGUACUACAGGCACAUACAACAUUGCUAGGCACUGUUAUAGAUCUUCUGAAAAACAUCACAGAACUGGGGAAACAGCCAGAUAGUGUAUUCUCAUGUGUAAACAAACUCAAGUCAAAAAAGACAAGUGAAAGUCCUGCCCAUGGUGUCAAAUGCAGUCUCAUUCAACUAAUAGCAAAUCUUGUCCAUAAAAACAAGGCAAAUCAAAACAUGGUUAAAGAUACUGGUGGCCUGGAGCUGAUUAUGAACCUGACCAAGAUUGAUGGAAACAAUCCUUUUAUCACUGAAUGGGCAGUCCUAGCACUACGCAAUCUCUGUGAAGACAACCCUGAUAUACGAUCAAUCAUAGCUAAUACUACAAUAGAUGGAGUGGCCAACAAAUCAGAAAUCUUAAAAGACUUUGGAAUCGAAGCAGAAGUCAAGGAUAAAAAAUUACUUCUGAAAAGGCCUAAUAAGGACUCUACUUGAUAUAUCUUGUAAACAGAAUAGUGAAAAGAAUUAAAAUAUAAUGACAAAAAAAUAUUUUUUGUUGUUCCUGUUUAUUUUACUGAGAAAGGUCAACCAUGCAUACGAAGAAUCAAGUUUUGGCUC